CAUCGCGUUCUGUUGGGGUGUAACGUUGAGAAGGACUCGUCCCGUACUAUAGUGAACUGCGGAGAACGAGAAAAAAGUGCCUUUCUUCUAACCUAAGGAGCAAGAGCUAAUCAAAGGAUGGCGGACGACAGCCACGAGAACGGCACCAGCAACGGCGAUGUGCCUGAGAUCGAGCUGAUCAUCAAGGCAUCCACGAUCGAUGGUCGUCGAAAGGGCGCCUGCCUCUUCUGCCAAGAGUACUUUAUGGAUUUGUAUCUACUCGCCGAGCUGAAGACGAUCUCCCUAAAAGUGACCACCGUGGACAUGCAGAAACCACCGCCAGAUUUUCGUACCAAUUUUCAAGCAACACCACCGCCAAUAUUAAUCGACAACGGCGACGCAAUACUGGAGAAUGAGAAAAUUGAACGGCACAUUAUGAAGAACAUUCCCGGUGGGCACAAUCUCUUCGUGCAGGACAAAGAAGUGGCUACCCUCGUUGAGAACUUGUUCAGUAAAUUGAAACUGUUACUAUUGAACGCGAAGGACAAGGACAAAGAUCCAAAAUCCUCGUCCCUGAUGGCACAUUUGCGUAAAAUUGACGAGCAUCUAGGUCGCAAAGGCACGCGUUUCCUCACAGGUGAUACCAUGUGCUGUUUCGACUGUGAGCUUAUGCCACGACUCCAACACAUCAGGGUGGCCGGCAAAUACUUUGCGGACUUCGAGAUCCCAGAAACUCUAGUGCAUCUCUGGCGAUAUAUGCACCAUAUGUACAGGCUGGACGCCUUUCUACAAAGUUGCCCAGCUGACCAGGAUAUUAUCAACCAUUAUAAGUUACAACAGAGCAUGAAAAUGAAGAAGCACGAAGAGUUAGAGACUCCAACCUUCACCACCAGUAUCCCAAUCGAGGUGAACGACGACUAGGCUGGACCUCUGCCGUCGGGUCUACGAUCUCGUUACUUUGAUGCAGAAAAAUCGUCGACAUCGGUCUGUGGACACGAGCGGUGUGAACAUGAUGGCAGUAAAUGUUUUCUAUGAAAGUUACAGUUCUUCCUAACGAAUGAUUUUGUGCAGAACGAGUCUGUUAUUUAUAAAAAUUAUUCAGAGUCUGAGUACUCUGUAAAACAAAAUGUUUCCAUCAUCUAGGUUUGACCGUGUCGAUGCUGCUACGCCGAUUCUUAAUAACAAUUUUGCUACGUAUAUUUGAUAAAUUAUCGUCGACACUCUUUUAUGGCCUAAAUCGAUGCAGAACAAGUAGCUUUUUUACCGCAGGAGACAGGAGGAGAAGGAUAUACGUUUAUAAGUGUAUUAGGGCUUUCAAAAACGAGCUGUAUGCGUGUCCAGAA